AUGGGAAAGGCUUUAAUCGCAAUCACUUCAUACUUCGGUCCUUUCUACGAUGAUGGAGCCAAGACUGGUUUGUUCUUUGUUGAGGCUUUGCACCCAUACGAAACCUUCACCCAGAAGGGAUACGAAGUCACUUUUGUUUCCGAGGAUGGAACUUUUGGCUGGGACGAACACUCGGUUGCAGAAGCUUUCCUUCCAGCAGGAAAGGACAGAGAGAUCUACGAAGACAAGAACUCUACUUUUAUGAAGGCCAUCUCUAACGUUAAGAAGCCAUCCGAAGUCAACGCUGAUGACUACGACAUUUUCUUUGCUGCUGGAGGCCACGGAACCACCUUUGACUUCCCAAAGGCUUCCGGCUUGCAUGAGUUAGCCGCCAAGAUCUGGUCCAACAAUAAGGUCGUCGCUGCUGUGUGCCAUGGCCCACUCAUUUUCUCCAACUUGUUGGUGGAUGGUAAGCCAUUGAUUGAAAACAAGAAGGUCACAGGCUUCACUGACGAGGCGGAAGCAAUCAUGAAGCUUGAUGGAACUAUGAAGAAGUAUGGCUUGAAAACUGUCAAGGACAUUGCUCAAGAGUGCGGUGCAACUUACGUUGAACCUGCUGACCCAUGGAGCUCCUACACUGUCACUGACGGUAAACUUGUCACAGGUGUCAACCCUGCAUCUGCUGCGGAAUGUGCUGAGAAGAGUAUUGCUGCUUUGAACUAA